AUGAAAAGUGAAGCCUCAAGCAUUACCUGGGAGUAUAAAAUAAACCCUACUGAUAGCGACUGAUAGCGACUGAUAGCGAUAGGUUAUCAGCAAACUUGACACUAAGGCGAAACUACACAACUGAUUACUACUUAGUGUUGCCGGAAGGUGAGGGAAGGGUGGGGGACCUUACAGCAUGUUCGGAAAAUGAAGGGACCAACAUUUACUCCAUUCUGCAUGAUUCUAUACUUGGCACAAGGUGUUUUGGUAGGUGUGAAGGGACGGUGCGGACAUUAUCAUGCGAAAUUUUCCACAGUGGAAGAGACCACCGGCUCAGGAUUCAAGUACCCUGACCCAAAACAUCCCGAUGAUGUGGGAUUGCUCGGUAAUGCACCUAUUCCACCCACUCUCUUUGUUGGCUUUACUCCUCUGUACUUCUACUUUACAAACAGGAAACAUUCCAAAUAUCGUCCCCCCUCAUCUAUAAACCCCUCCUACAAUGACACCCAAAAGAUGGUCAAGGGGUUUGUAAGAGAUCAUUUCAACAAGAAGGGUUAUCCCUGGUUAUCCUCGCCACACGGUCAAGUUCCUGGACCGGUACCCAAGGCAGAGGUUUUCCCCAACCCAACCCAACAUCUAAGCCCCACAACUAGUCGCCUGCAUAGGCUGCAUUUAGCAUAUGAUGGAUUCAAUUCAACACCAGGAUGUCUUUGAGGCUUGUUAGCUUUGCUUUUCUAGUCCAUAUUCCAAACUAAUAACAAUAUGACUUAGAGUUAGAGAUUCUCUCUCCAGAGGAAUUCACAGUGAUUGAAGACAUUUCCGUUACCGUGGAGACUAAGUACCCUAGAGUACCCCAGAUGGCCGGGAUGCAGGGUU